AUGUUUCAAUCCAAAAGUUUUAUUACGGCGGUUAUUCUGCUAUCGCUUACAGCAGAAUUAACAAAUAGUCAAACAUGUUCAUACAUGUGGGACCCAGUUUUCGAAGCAAAUUCGGCCAAUCCUCCAACAAUGUGUCCCGUGACUACUACAAGUGGCUCGACAUGUGUUUUUCCAUUCGGUUAUAACGGAGUUACAUAUACAACCUGUACCGUUCAAGGACCAAAUAAUGCUAACUACCAACCACAAUGUGCUAUUGCUAUUGAUUCCAAUAACAAUGCAAGUGCAUGGUCGUUCUGUAAUGUACCUACUGAUGCUAUGGUUACUUAUGCAACCGUUCGCAAAGCUGGUUAUUAUGGACAGAAUGGCGGUAGUACACAAGGUGGUACUUUAGUAUGGAUCUAUGGUAAUCGAUUUGCAGAAAACAGUUUCAGUUCAGUUCCAGCAUCAUCAAGUGCAAACACAGUACAAUUAGUUGAUGGUUAUACAGUAUAUGAUUGUGAAAUGCAUAACGAUAAAACAACAACUACACAAUUAACUUGUUAUGCACCAGUUUUACCUGAAAGUGUUUAUCAAAUUCGAGUUUAUGUCAAUGGUAAUUUAAUUCCACUCUAUCAAUAUUAUGAUCCAACUCAUGCUAUCUUUGCAUCAAUGCCAAGUCAAACACCAACUAUUACUGGUAUUACACCACAAACAGGAACACCAAAUUCAUUAGUUACAUUAACUGGUAAUUUCGAAACAGCAUGUUAUUCACGAGAUGUUGUUGGUUGUGCUCAAGAUGACAAUGCACUUAUUUCUCGUAUCUAUAUGGGUGGUCAUCUCUGUAAUGUUAUCAAUCAAAAUACUGGCGUUAUCUAUGCAGCAGUAAACGAUACAGGACUUGAAUGUAAUUUUGAAGGAACAGAAGUUGGUUUAUUCAAUGUCAGUAUGCUUGUUACAAAUGAAUUUGGUCGUGCAUUAGUUGAUCCAAGUUUAUAUCGAGUAUCAGCAGAUGAAACUUUCUACACAUUUCAAAGCUAUGCUGUUAUUUCAAGUGUAUCCCCAAGCACGGGUAGUACAGCUGGUGGUACAACAGUAACAAUUAAUGGUAAUUAUUUCAGUGAUAGUACACAAUAUCCAAUAGAGGUCAACGUCGGUGGACAACCAUGUACAGUUCUUGGUUCAACACAAACAACAAUUCAAUGUCAAACACCAGCUGCACCAACAGGAAGUCAAAGUCGAUAUCAAGGUGGUCGUGGUUUACAACUCUAUUCUACAUCAGGUUCUAAUUCACAGGCUACAUUAUCAAGUGGAAGUCCACCAACACCAACUGGUAGUCCCACUUGGACUGAUGAUGCUUUAUAUGUAUCAAGUUCAUUAUCAGCUGAAACAGCUUGGCUUAUCGGUUUUGUUCGCGUACUUAAAACAGCUAAUUUUACAUUUAUUUUGGAUACAAAUGGUGCUGGUGCUUUAUAUGUUAGUUCAGAUGAUAAUCCAACUAAUAAAUUACUUAUUGCUUCAGCAACUAGUAAUCAAUCAGCAACAAUCUUAUUAAAUAACAAUACCAAUUAUUAUUUAUUUGCUGUUGGUUCACGACCAAAUGGAAACUUACGAUUAGGUGUUCAAGCACGUAUGCAUGAAACAAAAUUAACAGCAUCACCAUCAAGUUUAGUAUUAAAUGAAAUUCAACGUAUUACUGUUGAUUCUAGUGCUAUAUCUGAACAACAGCAAAUUGCUUUCACAGUAAGUCCAACAAGUGGAGUAUCUGAAGUUCAAUCAGUACAAGUUGAUGUUUCAACAUUUCAAAUUGGUUUUCGUGGUGUUUAUACAGCUGUUCUAACUGGUCGACCAUCAGCAUCAGCUGUUCAAGCAGCAUUGAAUGAUUUACCAUCAAUUUAUCCAUUAUCAGUAACAGUUACAGCAACUAGUACACUUUAUAUAGUAACAUUUCCAGAUGUAAUGGGUAAUGUUCCAUUGUUAACAUGUGUAUCAACAUCAACCAAUACACCAAUUAUAAUUGAAACUACUCAAGGUGUUGAUUCUGGCACAUUAAUGGCACUUGAAUUAGACGGGCAAUUAACAAACUAUCUUAAUUUUAGUGAUGCAUCUACAACACAAAAUGUAGUUUCCAAAGAAAUAAAUAAUUUAUUUAGUAUUCAAUGUCCACCAUCAAUCAGUAAUGCUACAUACGAUCAAUCAGUUUUAUACUUACAAGAUUUUGAAUCAAAUUGUGUUUAUGAUGAAACACCAAUAACAACAAGUGCAUUCUGUGGAAAAUGUUCAUAUAAUGGUAAUUCAUUACUUUAUGGAAAUACACUAAAUGGAAAUUAUUUAUGUUUUGCAUAUCGUCUUACUAAUACAUAUGUUACAUCAUUGGGUCUUGGUUUACAAACAAAUGGUAAUACAUUAACAACAAUCUGGGCAUCAAUACCAAUUUCAUUACAAGCUGAUAAAUUUUGGCAUUAUACAUGUGUUGAUCUUCAAGCAAAUCUUUUAUCACAAGGUAUAAUUGAUUCAACUGUUUCGUCAUUUAUUAUUACACAAGCAUGGCUUGAUAAAAAUAUUAGAAAUGGAAUAUUUCUUGAUGUUAUCUCACUUCGUACAGCAUUACCAAAUGCUUAUGAAAAUACAGGUUCAACUUCAAUUGAUAAAACAGCUAAUCCAUCCUGUGUUUUUCCAUUUUAUUUUAAUAAUACAAGAUUUUCAGCAUGUACUUUAAAUAAUAAUAAUAAUUUACCUGUUUGUGCUGAUAGCAGUAAUAUUACAUAUCAAUGUAAUAGUUCAUCAAUUGAAGGUGUUCGAAGACUUUAUCCUAAUCAUCAAUUAGCAUACAAUACAUUUCGAGUGACAUAUCCUGCUGGUAGUUCACCAAUUACAGUUAGUUUUCGAUAUACUACUUGCGAUAAACCAACAAAAUUUGUACCAUGGCCAUCAUCGGGUACAACAGUAACUCGUUUAGCAACAGCAUCUGAUGCUGCAAAUGGAACAUUUGAUCUUGUAUUUAAUGGACUGACAUAUGCAUCAAUACCAGUUGAUAUUUUACCAUUAGAUUUAGCUAAUCGAUUACAAUCAUCAUCUGAUUUUGGAUUUCUAAAUAUAAAACGUACAGGUGAUUGUACAGGAUAUAUAUAUACAAUUGAAUGGAUUGCUAAUGGUGGACAAAAAACAGCUAUUUCAACUGCAAAUGCUGGUUCGAUUCUACCAUCUGGUACAACAGUAACAGCAUCAAUUGUACAAGCUGGUGGUGUUCUUUUCAAUCCAUUAUCAGGAGAUUUAACACGUACCUAUCAAACUAAUCCACAAAUUGAAGUUUUUGUUGGCGGUUAUCCAUCACAUUGUACAGGUGCAAAUACUUGUGAUUACCAAUGGUUACAAGCACAAACUCCAACGGUUACAUCAAUCACACAAAAUACUAUGACAUUAACAAUUACAGGUUCUGGUUUUAGUACAACACCAAGCGAAAAUAAUGUUACUAUUGGAACAUCUGGUACAUGUACAGUUUUAUCUGCUACAACAUCAUCUCUUACAUGUACAAUUGCUGCUGCUCCAGCAGGUGCUUAUAGUGUUCAAGUUAAUGUUGCUGCUAAAGGUUUAGCAACAGGUACAUCAAGUUUUUCAGUAAAUGUUCCACUUCAAGUUACAUCAAUUACUCCAAUACAAGGAGGAGCAGGUGGUGGUAUGACAUUAAAUGUAACUGGAAUAGGAUUUACAUCAUCUUCAUCAGUUACAGUCGGUGGUAAUUUAUGUACAAAUCCAAUAGUAUCUAGUUUUUCACUUAUAACAUGUACUGUACCACCUACAACAGCUGUUAGUAACAUUCAAGCAGCAGUUGUUGUCACAUCUGGUUCAUCUACAGCAACAUCAACAACUCAAUUCACUUAUGAUGUUACUAAUACACCUUCAAUAACAACAUCAAGUCCUAGUGUUGUAACAAUGGCUAAUGGUCAAUUAACAAUAACUGGUACAAAUUUUGGUACUAGUUCAGUAGCCGUCUAUAUUGGUACAACAAAAGCAACUAUUCAAUCAUUAACAUCAACUCAAAUUGUAGCUGUUUUACCAUCAUUAGCACCUGGUAUUUAUCCAGUUCAAGUUUCAACUGCAUAUGGUUAUGCACGUCCAGCUAUUCAAAUUGAAUAUCGUUUCUAUGUUCAAACUAUUUCUCCACAAAUUGGUUCAUUAUAUGGUGGAAGUGAUGUUUAUGUACAAGGUGCAGGUUUUGAUAGUUCAACUGGCGUUUCAUUUACAGAUGGUACAAAUCAAAUACCAUGUGAUAUUGUAUCUGUACAACCAAAUCAAAUUCAUUGUCAAACAGAAGCUGCUGCUCCUCGCGUUAUUAUAUCAGCAAAUGGUGUUGAUCCUACAUAUGGUAAUGGUUUUGCAUGGUCACCAAUAUAUGCAACUGUACAACAAGGUGCAGUUGUUGAAUGGCAAUGGGGUUUAUCAGCACUUUUAUCAUCAUUAUCUUAUAAGGUUGUACAAGUUGCAAAUGGUUCCACAAUAGCACCAUUAAGUGGUGGUUUCGAUUCUGGCAAUGCUACAGCAUCUGGAUCUUAUAUAUAUCAAUUUCAAACCGUUGGAACAUAUUAUUAUUAUACACCACCUGUUGAUCAAGCUGGUUUAGUUUCUAUGCGUGGUGUUAUUAAUGUUGUUGCUGCUGCACCACGAACACUUACAGUUAAUGUAACAUCUGGUUCAUAUACAGCUCAAUCAUGUGCUUUUCCAUUUACAUUCAAUUCAGUUGUAUAUACAGCAUGUACAACAGUUAGUGAUACUCAAUUAUGGUGUUCACCAACACCAACUUAUACUGGUCAACGACUUUAUUGUACACCAACAGCUACUGUACCAACACCAUCAUGUAGUUCAAGUUCAUUAAUUAAUCCAAGUUCAUGUUCACAAACAGUUCCAUCAAAUGCAUUACAAUUUUUAUUUACACCAUGUACAAUUGGUACUGUAACAUCAAUUUCACCAUCAUAUGGUCCAUCAGGAACAUCAAUUACAGUUACUGGAACAGGUUUUAGUUCAACAUCAUGUGAAAAUGAGAUUCUUAUCGGAACAUAUCAAUGUCCAAUAUCAAGUGCAACAUCAACACAACUUACUUGUCAAAUUGGUCCAAAUUCAUUUCUUAAUGCAAAAUCAGAUCAAAGUUUCAAUGUCGGACAAGUUCGUCAAGGCUUUUUCAGCAAUGAUGGUCUUUUAGAAUUUCAAUUUCUAGCACAAAUUACUGGUGUAUCACCAACACAAGGUUCAACUUCUGGUGGUACUUUAGUAACAAUAACUGGUGAUGGUUUUACACCAGCUGAUACACGUGUUAUUGUUGGUUCUAUUGAAUAUACUUCAUCAGCAACAAUUACUUAUUCACAAAUUCAAUUUAUAACUCAAGCACCACCAUCAAAUUAUAUCGAUCAAACAAUUCCUAUCACAAUAUUAAUUGGUUCAAACGAAGCUAUAUGCUCAGCAGGAUCGUGUGGAUUUACAUGGGCACGAAGUGUAACACCAUCUCUCGUAUCAGUUAGUCCAGCAUCAAUAUCAGCUCCACAAACAAUCACUGUAAAUGGUCAGAAUUUAGAUCCUACAAAUAUGGUAUCUGUAUCAGAUGUUAAUGUAACUAUUAAUGGUGAAUCAUGUACUGUAACAUCAGUAACAAAUUCAACAAUUGCAUGCAACAUAGGUAGCAUUCCAGCUGGAACAUAUCCAGUUGUUGCAUCUAUUAAUGGUAUCGGAAAAACUGUCUCAUCAGCAAGUCUUAUAUCAUCUGCAACUAUUGCUAAUGUUGCACCAACAUCGGGCAGUAUGUAUGGUGGUGUUCCUAUUACUAUUACUGGUAAUGGAUUUGCUCGUUCAGCAAGCAAUAUGCAAAUAACUGUUGGUUCAAGUCCAUGUACAAUUGUUUCAACAACACCAGGUCAAGUUCAAUGUGUCGUUCCACCUAAAGGAUCAAAUGCAUCACCAGCUACAAUAAAUAUUGUUUCAAAUGGUAUAACAUUUCCAACUUCAAAUACAUUUACAUAUAGUGCAGCUUCUACACCAACAAUUUCAUCUAUUAGUCCAUCAUCAGGAACUGUUGGUCAAGCAUUAACUAUUUCUGGUUCAAAUUUUAUUGCUGGUCAAACAAGUGUUACAAUUGGUGGUACAAUAUGUACAAUUACUAGUGUUUCAUCAACAUCAAUCGUAUGUACAGUUAAUUCAAGUCCAGCUGGAAGUCAACCAGUUAUUGUUACUGUUUCAUCAACUGGUGUAUCCGCUUCUACUAAUCAAUUUCAAUAUAAUUUACAAGUCAGUAUUGCAACACCAGCACGAGGUAGUUUCGGUGGUGGUCAAGUAGUAACUGUCACUGGUGAUGGUUUUAAUACACCAAAUAUUAGUGUUACAGUAUGCAAUACAGCUUGUCAAUCAGUAUCUGUUGUAUCUAAUACACAAUUAACUUGUGUGACACCAGCAGCAACAUAUCAAGUCGCUGAUAAAGUAUGCAGUUUAACAGUUACAGUUGGUAGCUUAUCACAAAGUGCAUCAUAUACUUAUCAAGCUAGUUUAACAGCAAGUGUUACAUCAGUUAGUCCAGCACGUGGUGGAACUGGUGGUGGUACAACAUUGACAAUUACAGGAACAAAUUUUCCAUCAACAGCCAGUGGAGUAAACGUUAGUAUUGCUGGUGUAUCAUGUAUAGUUCAAACAGUUUCAUCAACAUCAAUUACUUGUUUCACAGGUAGUUAUAGUCAAACAACAAUUCAAGCACCAGUCAUUGUUAACGUGGUCAAUGGUGGUAAUGCUUUGGGAUCAGCACAAUUUCAAUAUAUUGAUCUUUGGUCAAGUCCAUGGACAUGGGGAGGUGAUUCACCACCUGAACAAGGAACAAUUGUUUCAAUUGAUAGUGGAAAAACAGUUUAUUUUGAUACAAAUACACCAGUUCUUAAAGCUCUUAUUGUUGAUAAUGCUACAUUAAUAUUCGAUGAUAAUCAAGAUGUUAGUUUAAGUGCUGAAUAUAUAUUAGUUGUUAAUGGUGGUCGUUUACAAGUUGGUACAGAAGCAAGUCCAUUCCAACAUAAAGCUAUUAUUACAAUGUAUGGUCAAUUACGAUCAAUUGAAUUACCAAUAUAUGGAGCUAAAGUUUUGGCAUUACGUGAUGGUACUGUUGAUAUGCAUGGAACAAAUUUAGUUCGAACAUGGACACGUUUAGGAUCUACAGCUGCUGCUGGUGCUACACAAAUUACUCUUAGUCAAUAUGUUGAUUGGCCAGUAAAUAGUCAAAUAGUUAUUGCAACAACAGGAGAUUAUGAAAGUCAAGGAGAAACUGAAACACGUACAAUAACAGCUGUAUCAUCAAAUGGACUUACAUUAACAUUAGAUUCACCAUUAACUUAUCAACAUUUGGGUGUAACACAAAUUGUUGGUUCAACAUCCGUUGAAGUUCGUGCUGAAGUUGGUCUUUUAACUCGUAAUGUUGUCUUUCAAGGUUCACAGGAUACAACAUGGGACGCAACACCAAUUGACCCAUGCCCUGCUGGAUUUAAUCCAGGUGAAUUUGCUACUCAAACAUGUUUUCUUGGUCGAUAUGGUAAUGAAAUUGGUUCAGAUCAAUUUGGUGCAACAAUUAUGGCAAGUGCUAGUGCUGAUAGUUCUGAUGGUAUUCAACGAGCUAUUCUUCGUUUAUCAAAUAUCGAAGUAACUUAUGCUGGUCAAGCUUUUCGUCUUGGUCGAUAUCCAGUUCAUUUUCAUAUGAAUGGAAAUAUGAGUUUAUCAUACAUUAAAUCAUCAUCUAUUCAUCAAACAUUCAAUCGAGCCGUCAAUAUUCAUGCAUCUAAUUAUCUUACUGUUUCAAAUAAUGUCAUCUAUGACGUUAUGGGUGGAGCUGUAUUUUUAGAAGAUGGUGUUGAAACAUUUAAUACAUUAAGCUAUAAUUUACUUGUAUUUGUUCGAACAAGUUCAAGUUUACUCAAUGAAGAUGUUACACCAGCUGCCAUUUGGGUUACUAAUCCAAAUAAUAUUGUUGAACAUAAUGCUGUUGCUGGUGGUACACAUUUUGGUUAUUGGUAUCGAUUACUUGAAACACCAGAUGGACCAUCGUUUGCAAUGUAUCCAAAUUUCUGUCCACAUCGUCAACAAUUUGGUCGAUUCUUUAAUAAUAGUGUUCAUAGUGUUGGUCGUUUUGGUGUUUGGCUCUUUCCAGAAUAUUCACCAACUGUUUCUGGUAGUUGUAUAACUGAUAAUCCAUAUCAAGCUAUAAUCGAAGGAUUAAUUUCAUGGAAAAACAGUCGUGGUAUUGAAUGGGUUAUGUCAAGUACAGUUCAAAUAAAAAAUGCACUCGUUUUUGAUAAUGAUGAUGCUGGUAUUCGAUGUGUUACAGCUAUUAAUAAUCAACGAACGGAUCUUCCCGUUCUUCGUAGUACAUUCUACAAUGAAAAUACUGGUUCAUCCGUUAUUAAUUCGAUUAUUAUUGGUGAUACUGGUGUAUCUGGAACUCCUAUUGUACCAGAUGAAGGUGGUCUCAUUGUUAUGUGGGAUCGUGGUUUAAGCGUACGAAAUAUUUCAUUCAUCAAUUUUCCAAAUGUAAAUACACAAGCUAUUUAUGGUCCAACUAUUGAUGGUCGUUGUGUUGUUUAUUGUGGAGGUUGGUUAACUAAAUUUUCUCAAUUGAGAUUUACAAAUGUUUUAAAUCGUGGUAAUUUCCGUUGGGCAUAUGAUGGUUUAUAUCAAGAUGUAGAUGGUUCAUUAGCAAAUGUACCUGGUGCCGUUAUUCUUCCACCUGACGGACUUUGGAAUACAUCAAGUGCAUGUUCACCAACACCAAAUUUUGUUAAUGCUAUUACAUGUCCAUCAUCAAUGGGUACAUGGAUUCGAUUUGCUUUUAAUCAAGCUAAUCUAGGACAAAAUGGUGAAGAAUUAAAUAUUUAUGAUGACUCAAAUCAUCAUACAGUUGUACCUAAUCUUCAUAAACGACUUACGCAUCCAGAAGGUUAUAUGAUGAAUUUAUUAGCUAAAAAAUCUUAUCUACUCCAAUUUGAAAAUGCUAACAGUUCAGUUAAUAUAUCAUAUAGUGGUGUUGCUUAUAGUUUAGCACCAGGUGAUUAUCUUAUUAUUCGUCAUGGUGUUCAGUUUUUACCUGAUCAAGUUAAUACUGUUUCAAGUUUAUCAUUAGUUUCUGAAUCAGCUUCACCACUUACAGCUGCAAGUAAUAAUGGUGACUGGUAUUAUGAUAAUACAACACAAGAAUUUUCUUAUAUUGUUAAAAAUCCAUCAAACAAUACCAUAGCAGCGGAUGUAACGGUUACUUUGAAUGUUGUUAAAUGUCGAUAUCCAAAUUGUCAAAUGCCAGCACAACCAGGUCUUGACUUACCAGCAACUGCUCGACCAGCUGAUGCUUUAUACUGGGGAAAUGAUUCAGAUUGGUCUUUUGCACUACCUGGUUAUGGUGGAUACAACUCUAUCAAACCUGGUAAUAAUACAGACAUUUAUAUUCCACGUGGUAUCUGGCUUGUUGUUAAUUGGCCAUUACCUACUAUUCUUUCAUUACGUAUUGAUGGUGUACUUGAAUUUGAACAAGGUAUGAAUAAUACUCUUAAUGUCAACAGUAUUUUUAUUAAUGGUGGUCAAUUAAUUGUUGGUUGGCCCGAUACUCCACUCACAUCAAAUGUUGAUAUUGUUAUAACUGGUUCAGCAACAGUCGAUGUUUUAUUACCUAAUGAUGCUGGAUCAUUAGGACCACGAGUAAUUGGUGUUUUAGGUGGUCUUGAUUUACACGGUAUUGCACAUAAUGUUUCUUGGACACGUCUUGCUACAACAGCAACUGCAGGUCAAAUUGUUAUUACAUUAAGUGAAGCUGUAGAUUGGUCUGUCGGUGAUGAAAUUCUUAUAACAACAACUGAUACAAGAAUUGAUCAUCGAGAAAGAUGUACAAUUGCAAGUAUUAGUGGAGCUGGUACCGUAAUAACAUUACAAAACCCUCUUGCUUAUACACACAUUGUUAUUCAUCAAGUAUUUGCCAAUGGUGAAAUAUAUCAUGUAGCUGCUGCUGUUGGUUUAUUAUCAAGAAAUAUCCGUGUUAUUAGUACUAGUCCAGAUACAGAAAAAAUCGGUGUUCGUGUCUUAGUUACGGAUUAUUCAACAAAUAUUUAUAAUGCACCUACUUCAGAAUAUAUCAAUACAUAUUAUAAAGGUUAUGCAAGAUUAUCCAAUACACAAUUUAUUGGUUUCGGUCAAUUUAUUGAUGCUGAAGAUGAAGAUAAACGUGAAGGUAUUCAUUUAUAUAAUCUUGGUGAUUUUAAUAUAUCACGACCAACUUAUGUUAAUGCAUGUUCAUUCGAUACUGGUUUUUAUUCAGCAAUUGGUAUUUGGGAUACAAACGGAGUUCCAGUUCUAAAUAAUGUCGUUUAUCGAGCAUUUGAAUCAGCUAUUGUUGCUACAGGAAUGAAUAAUCUCAUACAGAAAAAUCUUGUUUCAACUGUUUAUUGGUCUGGUGAAGCUGAACCAGCUUAUGCACCAUUUGAUAUUAAUAAUGAUGGUGCAAUUAUGUCUCGAGAUGCAAUUAGUGUAGUUAUGAAGGAUAACUUAGUAUCUGGUGCACAACGUCAAGCUUAUCGUAUACAAGGUAAUUCAUGUCCAGGAACUGUUCUACCAAAUGAUACUGUUAAUGAUUAUGAUAAUAAUGAAGCCCAUUCAAGUAUGGCUGGUGUUAAUAUGUGGCCAAAUGAUCAAGGUUUCAAUUAUGAUACAGAUUGUGUAUUAAUAAAAGGAUUCAAAACUUAUAAAACAUGGUACUACGGUUUAUAUAUCAAUACAGAACACAAUAUUAUUAUUGAUUCAUGUCAAAUAGCCGAUAGUAGUGUUGGUAUUUUUACAAUUGUUCUUGGUCCAUUAUCUACAACUCAUGUCUUUGAGAACAGUUCAGUUAUCAUUCGAAAUUCCUUAAUUAUUGGUGCUAUAACUCCAAAUGAUUGUAGUGAUAUUCCAGAUCCAAAUACAAUCAGCGCAAUAAAUAGUCCCACAGCUGUUCCUAUUGUGGCAGGAGACUCAUCACAAGGAAAUCCAGGUAGUCGAGUAGGUAUAUCAUUUCCACAGUUUUCACGUGAUAAUAUGAUUCCACGUCAUCCAUAUACCGGUAUUGAUGCUUAUCCAUGCAUUGGUGGUAUCAUGAUAUUAACAAAUGUAACAUUUGCUUAUUUUAAUGACAUGUGUGGCAGUCGUCAUGAUGUAGCUAUUUCAGUUUCACAAAAUAAUGAUGAUGGUCAACAUCCAGUAACAACAAGUGGUAUAUCUGUUUAUAGUUCAUCACCAUCAAAUUUAGUCUUUAAUGGACGACCAAAUUUGGAUGUUGUUGAUCCAGCUGAUUGCGUUGAUAUGGAUUGUGAUGGUUUGAAAACAAAUUUACUUAUUGAUACUGAUGGUACUUUAUUCGGUCAACCAUCGACUGUCUUUUCUCAAGCAGAAUAUCUUUGGGGUAAUCAAGCUCAUGGUGUCGGCGAUUAUCGUAUUCCAAGUGCCGCAUUAGCAGGUGCCAAUGGUCAAAUGAUUAAUAUUAAUAGUGUAUAUCCUUCUCGUGGUAUAAGUCAUCCAUCAGCAUGUACACUUCAAGCAUCAUCUGAAAUGUACUUAUGUCCAAAUAUAGUUGAUUAUCGAAUGUUAAUUAUUGAAAGUAUGGAUGCUGAUACUGAAACACGACGUCUUUCACCAGUUGCUGUUCUUUCUGAUCUUGGUUUUAUUAAUUUAAUCAAUGGUCCACAAGAUCAUGGAUGGUGUAAUGGUUAUACAUGUCAAAAACGUCUAUCAACAUUUAUGACAUUAGUUGAAUCCAAUCGUCAUUAUGAUAUUUAUCUAUCAAGUACAACGCCAAAUGAUAUGCGUUUUCGAUUACUUAAUGCUGAUGCAACAAUAAAGGUAUCAUUAGCUCUUUAUUAUACAUCGUUACAACAAAUUGAUGUUUAUGCUAAUAAUGUUUAUGUUCCACCAACAAAUAUUGAUACUAGUUAUUCAUAUUUAAUGUUAAAAGAUAUACCAUCUGGUGUAACAUAUGGAUCAGGAGCUGGUACAAACUAUUUUAAUAGAACAACACAAACAGCAUUAUUUUUAAUUGAUGGCAUCACUGUUAUUGAUUUGGAGAUUUCACCAUUAAUUGUCCUUACAUUUGGUUUACCAGCUACUACACCAGCAGCAUUCUUUAGUACAAAUUUAGUCGGAAAUUUAGCUGCUUUACUUGGUGUUAGUGUUGAUCAAAUUCGACGUGUUAAUAUUAUUUCAGCAAAUACUGAUUCUCGUGUUGUUCGUCGUGCAACAAGUGGAACAAUUACUUUACGUGUUGAACUACGUAAUGAUCCACGACCAUUUUACUCUAUUCCUGAUCAAGCAUCAGUUGAUGAUAUUAAUAAUAUAACUUCUCGUAUUAUUAAUGGUUAUCAAGCGAAUCAAACUCAACAACAAUGGGCAGCUGCUGCAGGUGGUUCAUAUCCUCUUAGUUUAAGUGUACAAGAACCAGGAAGUUCAGAAACAUCAGUAUUGAGUGUUAUUAGUGGCUUAUUCUUAAUAACUCCACCCUCAUCAUGCCGUUUACAAUCACCAUGUGAUACUCAACCAAAACUUGUUGCACGUGAUGCAUCAGGUGCAAUUAUAGAUAAAUUAGGUUCAGAACAACAACCAUGGCAAAUUAUCGCUGUUAUUGUUGGACAAUCAGGUGUUAGUCUUGUUGGUCCAAUUGCUAAUUAUAGUGAUGGUCAAUCACAAUAUACAAAUUUUGGUAUAACAGCACUUGGUUCAUAUCAAGUUGAAUUUCGACUUCUUACACCAAACGGUGUUAGCAGUCAAUUCGUUGCAAGUGCUAGUUUUAUCGUUAGUGCAUCAUCAAUACAAGUUUCAGCUCCUAUUUUAGCUGGAAAACAAUGGAAUGAUAUUGCUGUUGUUUCAGUCAAUGAAACAUUUAAUAUGUCAACUAUUAUCGUUGAUAAACCAUCGCAAAUUAAAAUUGGAGAUAUUCAAUUGGGUAGCGGUCUUCAAUGGACAGCAACAGCUUCAUUUUAUCCAUUACAACAUAAAUGUAAUGGUACAUUAGUUCAAACACAAUCAUCAGCAGUUAUUGUUGAUUAUACAGCAGGUACUAUAACAGUAACAAAUUUAGCAAUUAAUAACGUUGGAAUGUAUAUUAUCAAUGUUGAAUUAAAAUCAACAAAUAAUCAAUAUACAAUUGAUUUAACAUCGAAUGGUAUUUUAGUUAAGAAACCAAAUGUUACUCUUGAUACAUAUCCCGGCUAUCCACCAUCGAAUAUAACAUAUACAGCUGAUUUUGAUGCAAUAAAUGCAAGUGGUAAACUUGAAAUAACACGAGCUGAAAUUUAUAAUCUUUUGACAUGUCAACUUCAUAUACCUAUUACCAGUGAUAUUACUUUAAGAAAAGGUAGUCUGAUUGCUGGCUUUAUGUUGGACGGUGAUAGUAUUGGCGAUGCUGAAAACGCACAAGCUGGUGUUAAUGAAUUAAUAACUAAUCAAGUAAAUGCUAUAGAUAAUACAGUGCUUCAAUCAGUAAAUGCUAAUAAUGAUGCAACAUUUACGCCAAGUACCUCGUCUUCAACUAGUGGUCUUAGCGCAGGAGCGAUUGCUGGUAUUGUUGUUGCUGCUAUUGUUGUUGUCGCCGCUGCUGCUGCUGGUUCAGCGUAUGGUGUUCAUAAAAAUAGUGUUAAUAAAGGUCAAUCUCUUAUGAAUGAACAAGAUGAAGAAGCUUCAAUUUCAAAUACUCAAAACACCACAAAUGCAUCACCAUCAAAUGAUGAUGGAUCACAUUUAACACGACGUUUAUCUGCUACAGGGCCUACGUCAUCGGUUACCAAUAAUAAUCAAAUACAAUCAUCAUCUUCAGGUCAAUCACGACCUUUAUCAUCAGGUGCUGCUAGUGUUACUGGAAUAACAUUCAACAAUCCAGUAUCAACAUUAACACCCGUCGAAUUUAUUCCUCUCCAUUGA